UCGUCGGCGAGAGGUGGCGGUGGUUUUGUACGGUGAAGAAAAGAGGGGUUAAGUGAGCCGUGCCGGGCCGUAGAAGCGAGCUAGCGGUGGCGCGGCCCGUGCUCGUGCCAUAGGGCCUCUGCCAGGCAUUAGUGCGUUCGUUUACAAGAUGGCAGACGGUCCUUCCGUGGAAGACGCGGCCACCGACCUAGGGAACAGUGAUUCUCGUUUAACAAGAGAACGACACAAACGUCAGGACGCCCCGUCUUCGAUGACGUCCUUGAGCACGGGUCAGGACAUCGCCAGACGCAUCCACGACGACGCUUCGGUGCUCGAGAAUCAUCCUCAUCAUCGACAACAUCAACACCAACAGCUUCGUGCUCUCCGUCGUAAUUGUCAUACUCAUCCUCAUAUUUUGCGUCGGUUAUCGGGCAACGGUAACAAUAACAACAAUAACAAUAACAACGGUAACGUAAAUAACAAUCAUCACCAUCACCACCAUUUUCGACGUCGCGAACACGAGGACGAUGACGUAGCCGUUGACGGUAUCGAACGCCUUAGUAAAAUCGAGAGUGAUAGUAUUGCUGGUGUUGACACGACGCGCAUUCUUCCGUUUGCGUCACCGAGCAUCGACGAUUACGACGAAGACGAUGACGAUGAUGAAGAGGAUGAGGAGGAUGACGAGGAGGAUGAUGAAGAAGAGUACGAGGAUGCAGAGGUUAUGAGAAAGGAAAAUGGUGUUUCGAAGAAGUGUUACGGCGGUGUUCGAAUCGAUGUAACAAAGACUGUGAAAAACGAAGAGAGCUGUAGCGGUAAUAGUAAUAGUAGUAGCAAUGGUAUUAGUAAUAAUAUUAGUAAUAAUAAUAAUAACAAUAACGAAAACAGUGGUGGAGAGGGUGUCGCGAUGAUCGUUCACGCGACGCGUGUUGAGAAUACCGCCUUCUCGGCCGACGGUCGACGCUCGAGGUCCUCGAGCGUUGCUUUCCUCGACACGGAUGCCCCGAACGAUCGUGUGAGCAAAGUGAACGAGUGCCGUGUAAACGACAACGCCAACGACGAAUAUGAGUACGAAAACGGGAACGGGAACGCGGUACAGAAAGUGAAUCGUCUCGGAUGCGAUAACAGCGAGAGAGACGAGGUGACUCGAAAGACGGACGACAUCUCUAGUGACGGUAGUAGUGAUGGUGGUAGUAGUAAUAGUAGUAGUAGUAGUAGUAAUAGUAGUGGUGGUGCUGCUGCUGCCGCCGCUGCUGUUUCUGCUUCUGGUGGUGGUGGUGCUGGUGCCGCUGGUGUUACUGCAAAUGGCCUCGUCGCCGGCAGGCAUCAGGGCAGCCCUUUCAAGGGACAGGUUAGGAUGGCCGAAGACACCCUCGUCGGGCCUUGCGGCAAGAAGCGGUGCGCCGAUCGAUACGACAGCUCCGAGAGUUCUGACAGUGGCGUCGCAGUGUCCUGCGGUGAGUGCAGUAGCAGCGGUACCAGCGACAUCACGGAGCCUGGUUCGCCGUGCAGCACGAGUAGCGACGAGGGGGUAGCGAUACGUGGCGCGUCUGCCAGUCCACUUCCGUCCCUACCCAAGCUGGCGCCGUCCUCGCAGAUCAGUACCAGGCCCCAAUGGCCCUGGACCCCGCCGCUGGCGGCAACCGCUUGCUCCACCUACAAGAGGCACAAGGGAGAGCCCGAGGCUGGCGCUCUCCCUAGGUCCGGGGCCGCGGACCCGACGUUCAGAGGAACCAUCAAAUCCAACGGCAAACCGAACGCCGCUCAUCAUCAUCACGAAACCCAGGGGAAGAUCACCGAGUAUUUUAAAACUCAGAUCAAGCCUCAACAACCCAAGACAAAGAAGAACAGCGAAGCGAUGUCGGUGCUGGUGGCGAAGAGCUCGUCGGAAUUUCGUAGGCCCCCAACGGUGCAGAGGAACAAGGGUGGACUGGCCAAGUACCUGGGUACCGUGUUGCCGAACAGUCGGAACGUCUCUACCAACGAUUGGGAAGUGAGAGGUCUGACGAUGUCACCGCCGCCAACGAAGAAACCUCCUCCGAUGAUCGUACCGAGGACCAACGGUAAGAUGGAUAAGAAGUUGCCAAAGCCGGUGCCCAGCCUACCCAUCUCGAACGACGUGCUGAAGAAUAUACCGAGUUGCAAGAUAUCGUCCCUCAGGUUGACCUCAGAUGCGAGUUCGAAUGUUAAGAGUAGUUCGCCACCCUCGACGCCUGCACCUUUGUUGACCAGCGAGUCGACGACGGCGGUGGUAGGUCCGGUCGACUUCAAGGGAUGUAUCCUUUCGAAACCGCACGUGAACGAGAACAACAACUUGACGAACGGCUGCGGCACCAUCCUGGCUUCCCUGAGGUCUCAGGGCAAUCAGGAGCACCCUCUGUCGAGGCUGGCAGUACCGGAGAACACGGAGAGCAAGGAGGCGCAAGUGAGCCCCGCGGACGAAGAGGACGCCGAAGAGGAAGAGGAGGACUCUUCGAGGAGUAGCGAAUCGAAACCAUCCUUGUCGCCGAUACUCUCGGCGCCCACCACCAUACGAUUUCCUGCGAGAGAACCGGGCAAGGACAGGCAACAGGGGACGGACAGCGGAGUCUGCCGAUGGGACAAGUGCGAGGAGAGCUUCGAAUCGAGUAGCGGACUUCUCGAGCACCUCCAGGCAGCGCACAUCAACACGCAAACGGGUGGCGACAAUUUCGUUUGCCAGUGGCAGGGCUGCAAGGUGCAAGGAAGGAGUUCAUGUUCAAGAAGGUGGCUCGAACGACACGUCUUGUCUCACGGUGGCAACAAACCAUUCCGGUGCAUCGUCGACGGCUGCGGAAGCAGAUUCAGCUCUCAGACCGCUCUGGAGAGGCACGUGAACGGCCAUUUCAAUCAAGUGGAAACCAGCAACAACAGCGGCAGACGGAGCUGCGAAAGCGGAGGAAAAUUGGUCAGAAGAAACGGGAAGAGGCUACGAUAUAGGCGGCAACCUUGGUCUGCGAGACUGUUCGAUUACUUCGACUCCGGGGUGAUGGAAGGUCUUCAGCACAGGUUACUGCAACUGGCAAAAUCAAGGACGCAAGGUCGAUUAGCAGAGACACCAGGAAAUUCGAUGGCCCUAACUAGUCAAGUAUUAGCUCGAAGAGUAGAAAUGGACGGGAAGACUAAAGUACUGUUGCGAUGGUAUCCUCCGGAUAUCGAGCCAGACGAAUGGGUACUAGAAUCCGAAGUACAAAACACGAAAAACGUAGGUAUACGCGAGGUGGCGUCCGCCCAUCCGGAGGAGGUGACCCUCGCCCUUUAUUCAGCGAUCAGUAGCGGGCCACCGCCGUUGACACGAGUGAAACAACGCCGGAAACCGGUGAAGAACUCGUGAUAAUGCCGAUCGCGAUAAUGGAGGACAAGCGUGACGAAGCAGCGACGACUACUAAGCCGGAGAACUAACAGGGACGAGCCCUGUAUCAGGGUGAUCGCGGAUUCUGCUGGUUUGUAAAGAAGGAGCCUGGCGAGAUAACCGAAACCGGGAUCGGAACCGGAACCGGAACCUGAACGUGUCGAGAAUAAGUGGACCGAAAAUCGACGACGUCCUUGUCUGCGAGAGGAAAGGAACAAAACGGAAAUAGACGAGUCCAAGAAGAGCAGCACCGGUGUUAGAGGAAAACAAAAGAAAACACGAGAGGUAGCACACGGACAAAAUAAUUGAAUAAGAAAGAAAGACAAAUAAAAUGACAGAGGAGCGUGUGUUGUAGAGAGGAUACCCGAAAUGGAACGAUGAUAGGGAAUAAUUAGAAACAUUCUAAUUUAUUUAGCCUAGGUAUACCCAUCGAUCGUUAGGUGAUAUUAGUAGUCGUGUAUAGACGAUGAAAAAAAAAGAGAUUAUUCUUGUUGCCCAUCGAUGCUAACAGUUUCGAAACGUUGGGGUCAAUUCCUGCCACGAAUGGCGUCAAGCAAUCUAACGGCGACGACAUUCGUCGGACUCGGAAGAGCUGGGCUUGGGCUUCAAAAGUGCCUCAUUGUGGAUACGUUUUAUAUCGUUGACCCUCGUGCAAGACCAAUUGAACGAGACGGCGAAGUUGCACUAGAAAAACAAGAGAAAGAGAUAAUAAGUGCGAAAAAAAGUACGAGGAUUUUUACUAACUAUAUUACUCGGCUCGCAAAAAAGAAGAAGAAGAAGAAAACUGUUAAACGUGUUAGUUAACGAUUGUAAGGAGAUAAUCACUCUGGUGGCCUUAGGAAUCAAUUAAUAUCUAACGCCGGCCCCUCGGCACUUCCGGGCCCUGUUUAAAAUACCCCAACUCGCCAAGAGAGGAGCAAAAGGGGUGAAUAAGAAGAACGCGUGGACUUCUUCGACUCACCUUCGACCAACUUUCACAAGGAGAUGAAUCUACCUCGAUCUUCAGCUCGGUAGAAAUUCGUGCAGGUUGCUGAAAGGAUGAGAGGAACGUGUACGUUGAGAACGAAAGGAACGAGGGAACGUGUGGGUGAUAUGAAAGAAAAGGUAAGGGAAAUCUUAUUCGUAAAAGAAGAGAAAUAAAGGAAGGAAGAGGAAGCGUUAAAAGAAUCGAAACGAGUAAGGUGACCAGUGGUUCGAAUUCGACGAGAAAAUUGAACGACUGAAGCGCCAACGAGAUUUCUAUCGAGAUUUAUCCGCAAUAUGUUGUAGAGAAAACAAAGUUAAAGCAAAGGGGGAGAUCCUCGAGGCCCGAGGCACGCUCGAUAAGAAGAAGAGGAACGAGCUUGCCUCGUUUGUGCCCGACGACGGUUCAAUUUCUCGCGUACGAGAUAGUCGCCUAUUUUUAUCUUUCUGCCCGUACCACGUGCAGCAUGUCAAUGCAAUCAACCUGUCGCUGUAUCAAGAAACGAGAUUCUUUUUUACCCGUCAAGAUUUCCCUCUCGUUCUCAUCUUCUGGCCACCGAUACGAUCACAAGAAAGCAAUCUCAGUUCAAAAUUUCUGCGCAACACGAAAUUUCGGAAUUUCGGUAUACGGAUGACUACGAGCAGGAAAAUCAAUAUGCCUGCGACAAAAGUACCAAUAUACACCCCCCCCCUGCGGAAGAAGAGGAACGGACACGAGACGAAUUUGGCAGCGAGAGAAGAAUGCAUCGCGUGCUGUACGAACGUAACGAACAGCUCUGUUCUUACUCUGAAUAGCAAAGGGAUAAAAACACGAUGGCUGUGUUACAUUUUCCACGGAGUUUACUGUAAAUAGGCUCGAGAGAAUAGCGUGGAACGCACGAGUAAAGGGAAAGAAGAGGAUCGAAGAGGAGGAACAUAUGGAACGACCGAUAUAUAUAUAUAUAUAUAUAUAUCUUAUAAAUAUAUGUGUGUGUGUGUGUGUGUGUGUUGGAUCGCUAUUUUUCAUAGGUGUAGAUACGACGAGCUCGCGUAGAGAGAAGUACGUUUUUUCGCGGCGUGGAAUCGUUUCACAAGAUCGCGCGUGUACACAUAUAUUAAUUAGUGGGUAAAACAGAAUACUUUGUAAAUUAAGAGAGAGAAACGGAAAGGAGUUAGAACGAGAAACGGGUGAAGAAAUGGUGUCGACGACGUGUUGUGUAGCUAGAAUAAAAAUUCUUUUCUUUUUUUUUUCUUUCUCGAGGUUUAAUGGGGGGAAAAUUUGAAAACGUUAGUAGGUUUUUGUAUCGGAGGAGACAAAGGGAAACUUGAGACACACACGGACAGAAGCACACACCUACACACACCAGCUAAGAAACACUGCCAAUACGAUUGUAAUUAAGAACUCUAGGCUAAUUGAUCGAUUAAUUAUUCUUACUAUUACUAUUACGAUUAAAAGAAAAAAGUAUGUAUAAUCCCCCGACUAUAGAUCUCUAGUUGCCGCCGCGAAUGUGUACGAAGCGUAACUCGGUUGCUUCGGGUACGCGAAUUUCUUUGUUCGGUUUUGUUUUCGUUUCCUUUUUUUUUCUUUUUUUUUUUUUCUCGACGAAACCAUCGACGAUCGCUGUAGUUUCCUAGACACGAGCGUGUAUAUAGUUAGUUGAAAUUAUCGGUAGACAGAGAAUGCCCGUGAUGGCACGGGCAGCCUUCCGUUUUGGGAGAACAGCUUUUUCGAUUACAGGCGAACGGAGAUCCUUUUUCCUUUAUCCGAUCGAAGGGAUCGCGCGUAUGGGUACGUAGGAAGAACGAGCCAGGCGAUAAAGAAAGAAACGCGUCACUGCCAAAAAUCGAGCACUGCCAGCCGCCAGAAUGCCGCGGCACAUUUACAUCAUAUUACAAAGCCUUACUUCGUUCGCGAAGCGUAAUCGUAAUCUCGAUUUAAAAAACUAAUUAACGUGGAAUCGUUCUUGCUUAGACGUAUCCAUCGUCCUUCGAUGAUACUUCGCCUUUAUAGCGUGAACCAGAAACGCGCCUACUGCCAGUCCUUUACGUCGACGGACGUGAACCAAGGCACUGCCAUUCGACAAACAUAACGACGCGACGCGACGGAACAGAUGAUGAGAAACGUGUGUGUGCGUGCGUGUGUGUGUAUAUGUAUAUCUUGAUGUGUACGUACAGGAUGUUAUGUUUCAAUGGAUACACGCGAAUGUCCUUAAAAAAAAAUUGUUAGCGUUCAGAGAGAAAUUAAGUGGUUCUUGUGAAAGGCGUAGUUUGCAGAUGGAGUUUCAAAGAAAAUUUCUAAUGUGAUAUAAUCGAAGUAUCUUUUUCAAAUGUUACCGAUAGUCUCAAAAAUAUUCCCAUGGGUCUGUUUAAACAGUGCACCUUGUACGUGUACAUGUAUAUGUAUAGUUAAUAUCUAUGUAUACAAGCGUCAUCCCCCUGAGCCCGUUAAAACCCUUAGAAACACGUAGACGAUCGAUUUUAAUUUAGCUCGAUUGAGUUCAUUUUCGUUUUCCUCUUUUUCACUGCUCACCGACACGGUUCGUUUUCCUCGUUAUACCGAAACUUGCUCGUGCUUUUUUCCUCUUGAUUUACUUUGGCAUCCUCCCUGCUCAGUGCCAUUAAACGGCUCCUGCGUGUUACUCGCGGUUUCUUGUGAUUUUUCUCAAGUGUGUUCGUCACGCGUUCGUGUUCCGUGUUCAUUGAGUUACUUGGUGGCGCGAUUCGUUCGUGCUUUCCUCUCGGUUCCACUCUCGUUUCUUCCACAAUGAUUUAAGAAUGAUAGAUCGAUAAAAUGGUAUUAUAUCACGGGUGGGACCAAUAUCUCUAAUUAUUUUUUCUUCUUUGAUUUAGAGAUCGCUUGGAUAUCGCUUCGCUAUUUAGUCGUAAAUGAACAGCGAAUCAUUUCGGGAAAUUAGGUUUAGAAUAAUUAAUUUAGGUAGAUUGCGUUAAGUUUUUAUUUCUUACGAUUAGAAUUAAUUGGCAUUUUGCGUUUAGCGAGAGUGGAACAUCCCGAGGGAGAGGUUCGUCCAUUCGAAUCACGCUUGAUCUCGUGUUACUGAACCGUGGCAUAGGAAAUUUAGGCUAGAACGAAAGAUUUCGAGUUGCUGAUAAAUUCUCUGACUCGAUUCUAUUCGAAUUACGAAAUUUUUUUUUUUUGUCGUUGCUCGUCCAAUCGAGCUCGCUUUUAGAUUUUGAAAGCAUCAACGUCGUCGUUUGCUUCGCUCAAGACUGCCUAUGUUUAGCGUUUAGCAUUACCUAAUUCUAUGAAAAGAUAUAAAAAAUAUUAGAUGGAUAUUCGUGAUAGUGAUCAAGUUCGUUCUUUCGAUAGCAUUUUUCAUUGCUUCGAAAUGUUUUAUUUACCGAAGAAAAUUUCUGUUUCGGGUAUUAGAAAAGGUGAAACAUCGAAGCGGAAAGGGGGGGAAGACAGAACUCGGUCAGUGUAUCGGCACCCUUUAUGUUCAACUUAACACGUUAACUGAGGAAGAGGAAUUAACUCGUCGUUCGAGUAAUUGACCACAUCCAGAAUGUUAAUGUACUGAAAAAUUCUGAUUUUAGUUUUAUCUUUAGACUGAAAAUUAAUAAUUGAUUCAUUUACCAUCCAGUUAACAAGUUAAAAACAACCAUUGUACACUUGCAUUUUUCUUUCAUUUCCUAUUCGAGGAACAAAUUUUGUUGGUAAUUCUUUUCUCUUUAUUCUGUCCAAACCCUAAUUCUUUCCUUUUUUUUUCUUACAUCGAUCGUUUAGGUUUCUUCAUUUCUACCCGACCGAUACUAUGCAAUUAACGCAUUGAUUGCCAUAGGGGUCGGCGUUCCGAAUUGAUUUGAAAUUAAAUUAAAAAAAUUCGAUCGAAAAGUUCAUUCUUAAUUUUACUGUGGCAAUCAACGUGUUAAACGAUCAAUGUACAUUUUAGCGAGACGUUGUAAAGUUUUGUGUAAGCCGAUUAGAUAUAUAUAUGUAUAUACAUAUAUCUAAUUAAAUAGCGACGGAAGCGAAAGAGAGACACUGCUCGAAGAACAGCUACGAAAUAAAUAUCGCUAAUUUUUUCCUUUCAUUUUAAAGAGAAACUUCAAGAAAAACCCGAUCAAAUUCGUGGCUGUUCUCAUCGGUCCACAGUGUCGUACAUGUGUAAAACGUGUGUGAAAGAGACAAAGAGAGAAUGAUAUAGGAAGAUAUCGUAUGCGAGGAAGAGAGAACCUAAUAGUUGUAGAAUAAAUUCGAGCAUCCUGUAAAUAAGAGACACACGAUCGAUAACGAAUGCGAAUCGCGAACUUCGAAGCAGAAAAGAGACAACAGAACAAAGAAACGAUGGGCGAGAAAGCGUGAGAGAAAGAGAAAUAUAAAAAAAAUAAAUAAAAAAAGAGAGAAAGAGAAGGGAGAAAGAAGAAUGCUGGUAGACAUGGUAUUUUUGCAAACGAAUUUAAUGAAAACAAGAAAAGUUAGACAAAUUUUGGGAAGGUAUUAUUAAACGGAACCGAAAAGUUAACGAUUGAUCCUUUGCAAGGGUUAACCGCGUGUUGUCUUAGCGUUUGUUCGAAAGGUUUGAAAGAAGAGAUGAUAAAACCCUUCUCUUUCGAAGGAGACUCGCGUUUUCCAUCUUUCUCCGGGUGUACUUUUCAAAUAUGAUAAUUUCAUGAAUCUUCAAUGUAGAUACAAAGAGAGUCCAGCGUUUUUCUAUCAUUUUUCUUACCUUCUUCUUUUUUUUUUUCAAUUUAGUUUUCACGUUCGCUAAGUCGAAAAGAUACACAGAUUGCUCGGAAAACAAAACGUAUGUGUUCGUCAAACGUAUUAUCGCUUGUUCGUUCCCCAUCGAUUCGGCUGUCGAACUCGCGUACACUUAACGCAUUAAAAAUCCUAGUGGAUAAGUUUUGUAAAGAAAAAAGUAAAAAAAGAAGAAAAUAUAGCAAGUAAAAGUCGAGAAGAAACCUUCAUUCCGAUCGGGGUUCGUCGCUUGAUCCUUGAAUACGUUCUUCUUGCUUGACAAAGUUUCCCUAGAAGAGCUAGCUGUAAAUCCACGUGCUUUACAGCAUGCCAACUAUAUCGUGUUCUACGAAUAGAACGUACUCAAGGGUUAAAUCGAGGAAGAAAGAAAAAAAAAAAAAAGAAAAAACGCUUCGAACGCUCGACGGAGUCGUGCUAGUAAAAUUGAAGCGAACGAUCAUUCAUCUUUUUAUCCAAUUAAUUUAUUACAAUUUAAAUUAGAUAAUUUAACGAGACAGGUUAACGUUGAGUGCCAUAUCAAAUUUUUCACCUUGGCACUCGACGCGUUAAAUUUAAUUUUAGAUUCUUUUCUAAUUUCAUUUCUUAAAUUUAGUGCUUAGACAAAAUGUGAAAGCUUGAUUUUUUUUUUUGUAUGUUUUGUAGGUCUUUUUUUUUAAGGGGAGCCAGCACCCCGGUAGCGUGGAAUUCCUCUGACCUUUCUCCAUCCUCUCCACCCUAUUCUCCACGUACACCUGAAACUUGAGUAGGUACCACUUUGGUAGGUCUGGAUAAUUACUUUAUUGCGUACGUAUGUUUCGUUUGUUGCACAUGGUGUAAUUUAAUUGCGUAUGCUAGGAGCGAAACACGAGAUAUAUAAAAUACGUAUAGAGAAGUGAAGUGAGAAACAACUGCUUCGCACUGCCAAACGGAGAAGAAGAAAAUAUGGGAACUGAACGUGUCGUGUAUCGUUGCGUGGAUCGUUGUCGAGCGAUCAUCGAAAAGCACCACGGUGUUCAUUAAAAAUCCACAUAGUGGGAAAAGAAACGAGAUAAUUAACUAGGGGUAAAAGCGCACGCGCGGAGAUUUUUUUAAAUUCCUUACGAGCGUCGAACAGUGGUUCGUACCUACUCUCUUUUCCUUUCUUUUUUAGACACUUUGAUGUACAAACACGAAUGACGGUUUAUAGCUCAAGGAGAACAUUAAAGAGACAGAUAUUGUAAGAGAGUAAUAAUAAUUUCACGGGUUACGAUAUCGUA